UCGCAAAUGCCCCACAGCGUUCAACAGUAGGAGGGCAGUUGGCGCGUUUGGGGUGUCCUCCUCCUCACUAUCUGCUGCUGUUCAGCGCAGGAUGGUGGAGGCAGUUAUUGUCAUAGCACAGCUAGACUCAUUCGGCCGCAAUUUCCAGGAAUGGAGAGCAGUCAACCAAUCACCAUCACAGACCCGGAUACACAGCGGAAGAAGAAACGCAGAACUCGGGCCGCGGACAGUUUCACUGGCAAAUUUAGUGAUCUGUACAAGCUGACGGACGAGCUGCUGGGUCAGGGAGCUUAUGCUAAAGUCCAGGGUUGUGUGAGUUUACAGAACGGCAACGAGUAUGCUGUCAAGAUAAUUGAGAAGAACGCUGGUCACAGUCGCAGUAGAGUUUUCAGAGAGGUGGAGACGCUUUACCAGUGUCAAGGAAAUAAGAACAUUCUGGAGCUCAUUCAGUUUUUUGAAGAUGACUGCUGUUUUUAUCUGGUGUUUGAGAAGUUGCUCGGAGGUUCCAUUUUAACACAUAUCCAGAGUCGAAAGUACUUUGAUGAGAGAGAGGCAAGUCAUGUAGUCAGGGAUAUAGCACAUGCACUGGACUUUCUGCACAACAAAGGAAUCGCUCACCGGGACCUUAAGCCUGAAAAUAUCCUGUGUGAAUAUACUGAUAAGGUGUCUCCUGUGAAAAUCUGUGAUUUUGAUCUCGGGAGUGGAGUAAAGCUAAACAGUGCCUGUACGCCAAUAACUACCCCUGAGCUCACCACGCCGUGUGGCUCGGCAGAGUACAUGGCUCCUGAGGUGGUGGAGGUCUUUACGGAUGAGGCUUCGUUCUAUGAUAAGCGCUGUGACCUCUGGAGCCUUGGAGUGAUUCUCUACAUCCUGCUCAGCGGGAGUCCUCCCUUCACUGGCCACUGCGGCACCAACUGCGGCUGGGAACGAGGAGAGACGUGUCGGGCCUGCCAGAACAACCUGUUUGAGAGGAUUCAGGAGGGGAAGUAUGAAUUUAGGGAUGGAGUUUGGGCUCAGAUCUCGGCCGACGCUAAAGAUCUGAUCUCGCGGCUGCUGGUGCGAGAUGCCACUCUACGACUGAGUGCCGCUCAGGUCCUGAAGCAUCCCUGGGUGCAAGGGAAUGCACCUGAAAGAGUUCUUCAAACUCCUCGUGUUCUACAAAGAAACUGCAGCACUAAAGACCUGACACAGUUUGCCGCUGAAGCCAUCGCAUUCAAUCGACAGCUGUCUCAGAAGGAAGAAGAGCAGGAGGACUUUGGUGCCGUGGUCUGCUCCAUGAGGCUCUCCCCUCCAUCUAACUCUAGAUUAGCCCGUCGCAGAGCACAGUCUCAAGCACUACGCACCAAUACCUGACACCUGCCCUCCCGACUGGUGCUCCGGUUAUACUCGUGCAUGCCAAAGUGCGUUAUAAGCCUUCAUAUGCAUACAUUCUCUGGUGAACUGAAUAUGCAUUUACUUGUGCAUAACACACAUGUAUAUGCAUCACAGGCUUAGUGCUACCAACUUGUAGCACAGACUAGCCUUAUAUAGUAUACAAACCAAAAACAUCCAGACAAUUCUAAUUUAUUUACAGGUCUUUUACUCUGUGUAACGUGAGUUUUAUGUAUUUUAAGCAUCAGAAACUGU